CGCGCCGGGCAGGGACUUAGCUUUCCCUGGUUGCGGAAUGGUCUGGCAGUCCGAGGGAAGGUCUGGAAGGCAGCGAGUGCUGUGCCAGCAAGACCCGAGGGUCGCAAACCUCAGGCCUUCCACCCGUGCCUAUCAGAGUCCUUGUUCGCUGGUGGGCACGGAGGAUGCUCUUCUGCAGCAGCUGGCCGAUUCGAUGCUCAAGGAGGACUGCACCUCUGACCUGAAGGUCCACUUGGCACAGUCCCUCCCUCUGCCUUCCAAUGUGACUCGCCCCCGAAUUGACCUGAUUGUGUUCGUGAUCAACCUUCACAGCAAAUACAGCCUUCAGAAUGUGGAGGAGUCUCUGCGCCACGUGGAUGCCACCUUCUUCCUGGGGAAGGUGGGCUUCCUCGCCACAGGCGCUGGGCGGGACAGCCACUGCAGCGUCCACCGGAACACCGUGCUGAGGCUGGCCCAAGCCUACCGGAGCCCCCUGCUCUUCUGCGACCUGGAGGUGGAGAGCUUUCGAGUCACCGUGGCGCAGCGCCUGGUCCGCAUGCUGCAGAUCUGCGCCGGCCACGUGCCCGGCGUGUCGGCCCUGAACCUGCUGUCCCUGAUGAGCAGCUCCGAGGACCCCUUUGUGGAGGGCCUGUGACGUGGCCCUGGGCCAGCGGGCCACUUCCCUUUGGGACCCGACUCUGCGCCAGCAGGGAGUGCCGUCGGGGAGCCUAGCGGUGGGACCAGCCCCCCUCCCACCCGCACAACCCCACUCACUCACUCACUCGGCUUUGUCCAUCGAAUAUGGUUCAUCUCCACUCAGGACUUCCUGUGAAUGGGGAGUCUGUGGCCAAAAACAGUUUAAAAGCCCUUGGUGUCAUCCACCGCUUCCGUGCUGCAGAUGAACUAACUCAGAACCAUUAAGAGCAGGUGCGGGCGGGGCAGCUUGGCCUCUGCAAGCCCAGUUCGCCUGCACAGCUGGGCCUUGCUGUUCUUAGAGCCCCUGGUUGUUGCCUCUCGGAGCCUCAGUUUCCCUGGGAGGUCCUGGAGCUCGUGCUCCCUUUUUGCACCGUGGGGACUGCACCGAACCACAACAGGGAAGGCCCGAGCUGGCGUCUGCCCACCCUGUGCUCGGCCCGCGCUGAUAUGUUUCUUAAUAAACUGUUCCUACCAGGCGA